CGGUGCCAUACGAGGCGAGCUUCGGAGCGCCCAAACGUGUUGCCUAAACGAGCCGUGAGACGAUAAACAGCUGCGUAAAGUGCGCGUAUUAGACCGGUCGGCAACCCAAAGUCCAAAAAAAUCACAUCGAGCAGCGAAACGGUCCAUCGACGGACGCAACCAAACACGUUGUCGCUCGUUGAGGGUGGAGAGAGCGGAUCUUGCAAAACUGAUUGGUUUCCGAUUUUACCGAAGAGCCGCCUUAUUUGACUCAGAACCGACUCGGCUUUUUCCCAGGAGAGAAAAGCAAGUUUGUGUGCGAGGACGCUGUCACCAGCGGUGGGGGGACUGACUGGGUGGACACUGGUGCACGGAGGGGGUGGUGUUUGUUUGGUAGGGGGGCAACAAUCUGCGCGAACCUGGCCCUUUAAAUUACCUCCACAAGCACCGUGGACGAGAUAAGUUACCUGCAGGUUCCUGACUCGGCUUUGGUCUUCAACCUCUCCAUCAUCCAGAAUUUUCUCCCUUUUCCUGGCACGAUAACCGAUGGCAGAGAAUGUCGACAACUAAUAACAUAGCGCAGGCCAGGAAGUUGGUGGAGCAGCUGAGGAUCGAGGCUGGCAUCGAACGCAUCAAGGUGUCCAAAGCUGCCGCUGACCUUAUGAGUUAUUGCGAGCAGCAUGCCCGCAGCGACCCUCUGCUGGUGGGGGUUCCCACCUCAGAGAACCCGUUCAAAGACAAGAAGCCUUGCAUCAUCCUAUAGCUACUCUCUCUCCUCCAGCUAUCUCAGUCCCAACAGCGCCCAUCCCCAGUCAAUGGGCAUUUCAGUCCAACACUUCUUUUACCUGGAAUCCACAGUAUUGUCCAGAAAAUCAAUGCCACACUCUGUCAGAAUAAAAACAAAAGGGGGCAAUGUCUGAACACCUAGCGUCAUGUAGCCCGGCGUUGAGUGCGUCUAUAUGAAUGAAUAUACGCACGCAUGCGUACUACACUUCACGCAUAUGGACUCACUUAACAGGAGGUGGCGGAUUUUGAAUUUGGAAACUAUUUUCACAAGAUUACACAGCGCAAAAGUGGCUGAGAGCAUGUUUUUCAGUGCAGCGGCAUAGGUGAUAGAGGAGAGCGGUUACGCUGACUGACUAGCUGGCUAGCCCAGUCACACUGUGGUAAACGCUUCAGUUCAGUAUUAACCCUGCAUCGUUACGUUCGAUCCGCAAGCUAAAGGUUCAUUUUAGAUUUGUAUGGCCAAAAUGGAAUCCAGGUAUCAAAACGGCACAUUUACAAAAGGGAUUCACGACAUUAACCAGAGUUGCCAAUAGUCCGUUUGUGAGCUGUAGUUUUUCUUUUCGUGAAUAACAACAAGUUUUUUUUCUAGUCUUUAUACUAUAUUUCAGAAUACUCAGACACUAAGUUGUAAAGGAAUAAUUUUAUAUACCUACCUAAUAACUCCUUCCCAGCCCCCUGAAAUGGCAAACUCUUAUUUCAGAUGCCGAUUUGAAGAAAAACCAAAUGUUUGCAACAUUUGUGGUCAGAUCUGACCCCAAAAAUAGUCAUUAUCCUUUAGUAUCAGUAUUUAAGAUGUUAAUAACAGAGGCUCAGCCCCGUUCGAACGUGUCAUUUGAACAGAAACGUCCGAGCCCCGGCAUCAGCUAAUUAUUUUCUCUAAAGCCAAACUUGAUUGUAAAAUCCACACAGAAGGGAAAAAAAUGUACAAACUUUCUUUCGGAUAUGUUCAGAGGUGUUAACUUUGAGAAUAGCUGUCUGGAUUUGUUUGUUCCGAUUUCUUCUUUCUAUGGAAACAUGGAAUCUGGUCAUUGAGUAUGAAACUGUACAGUGUUUGAUAACUAAAGCGCAUUCAUUCUUUUUUUGGUGGAUGUUUUAUCUUUUUGUAAUCUUUGUGUAAUAUUUCUGUUUCCUCACCACUCAUAUUUAACCUUUCGGUUCGUCCUCAUUGAAGCGAUGGACGACUCCAGUGCUCUUAGAUCGGUUACGCUGGUUACCUGCGUCCUUCUAGGGAAUGUGGAACGGAUUGUUGACACUGUACACACAAUGCUGUUAGGUGCUCAGGCCAUUGUACCUGUUCGAUAUGUUUAAGGCACAUUUCAUGAGGUGGUCUGUUGUUUGGAUGUUCAGUGUUAUGCAACCAGUCAGUGGGUUUGACUCUGUCUCGUGCAAAAUUGAAAGAUCGGUGGGGGCAAGGUCAACCCACAACACUGAAUGUGUCCAUAUGCACCCAGCACAUGAUCCGCGCUUGCCUGGAAGUGUUUAAGGGGUGACCGCAGUGUGCAAAACAAUCCUUGACAAGUAACAGUACAAAGAUGAAGAGUAAUGAGAUUUGUGCCGAAACUAGAAUCGCCCCAUUGUCCCUCCUCAUACGACGGAAAACAAUGACGGUGCAGCCAAGUGGGUCUUGGGAAUAGUGUCGUACUGUAAGGGGGAUAAAGGGGGGCCUGUGCUCUUCACAGCCCACAGGAUGUUGUCAUCGUCCCUUAUUUGGCAUGACGAAGACACGUGUAGUGGUCACAAGUUGGUGUGAGUCAUCCGGCAGGCCAGCAAACAACAGAAUCUCAUCUCUCUGUCAGUCAGCCUGCAGAGGACAGAGCCGUUUCGGUGACAUCACUUCCUGUUUGGUGGAGCAGGAUUGUUUGCGACAUCUUUAGGUUGAAGUUGGUUUGAUCACGGCGCAGAUGUAGGGUUGUCGUGAAGUAGGGAGACUAAGAUCUUGGAUGGUCUUGCAUUUGAAAAAGAUACUUGAGAUACUUUGGGAAAGGAAAAAAAUGCAGCGUGUUAUGAAACGAAGGGUUGUAAUUGAAACUUUUUAAGUAUUAGAAACUCACUCACUUCUCCAUUGCUAACCGCAUUACUACAAAGACACUUAGGGCCGAAGUCUACAUUAGGAAAAAGCCUUUGGAGAGGUGCAUUAAUUCACUUCAGACGUGUAAUGAGUGCUAAGCUAAAGGUAGCGCUCAAGAACGUUUAUAAAGAAAAACAUGACGUUUAUUCACCAGAUGCCACAUGUGAUGGUAUAUCACUUGAGCAAACACUGUGAAAUUCAGCUAAAUUAAGUUUGCUUAUCAGUUAUGAGUUCUCCACCCUCUUGACUCACAGUGUCGGGAUGCACUGUGCUCCAAAGUAUUAUUUUACCCUUUAGUAUGCUCGCACCACCUGUAUAAGGUUACUCCUCAUGCUUCGAUUUAAAGACCACGUAAUCGUUUUGCUCGCUAUGAAACCCGAUGUAUGCAAGGGAGCGCGCUCAUUUCCACUUUGCGUCGCACACGGCAAGAACAACUAAGGUGCUGAGAAGGCCACGAUACCUUAACCUCGAUUCCUCAUCCCAAACGUCAUUUUCACACCAUCGCGCUCCCUCGUGACCGCGAGAGAGGAGAUUUAGGCUUCGUGUGGGUAAAAUCUGUAGCCGAGUCCUUAGCCAGUAGAUUCGAUCUCAGUCUGUCCCAUUUCUUUGUGUUUUUUCCUGUGUAUGCAUAUGUAUCUUUCUGCCUUGAUUAUGAAGAAAUAUAUCUAUUUUUUGUAAUUGUUCUUCUCGGAUGUGCCAUAAAUCAUGUUUUCUUGCACACUGUUAAUAUUUUGUGGAUAUUGCUGUUUAAAAAGGAUGAUAUCGAAAAAGUAGAUGAAAUAAAGACAAAAUGUUACUCUGCAUCGA